AUGGUUUAUACUCCGGAAGAGUUUACUGAACUUAGUAACAAAUCGAUAAGUGGUGCAGCAUCAUUUGCUACUGAAAACAAAAAUAUUGAAAUUGUUCCCCUUCAUUUGGCUCAUGUUUUGGUCGAUGAUGAAACCGGUCUGGCUGUCCAGUUGAUUAAAAAGGCCGAAUUUAACGUCCAAGAAGUAAAAGAAGCCAUAGAACUAAAACUGAAAAAAUUACCACGUCAAGAUCCUCCUCCAUCAAAAAUAUACCCAAAUUCAUCUUUCUUAAAUGUUCUUAAACAUGCCAAUAAAUUAUCAAAACAACAAAAAGAUAGUCAUACGGCUAUUGAUCAUUUAUUAUUGGCACUCUAUGAGGAUUCAGAUGCAACGUCAGCAUUUGCAUCAGUAGGAUUGAGUAAGAAGAGAAUGGAAGAAGUUAUCAAACAAAUGAGAGGCACGAAACAUGUUACAUCGGCGAAAGCAGAAACAACUUAUCAAGCAUUAGAAAAAUAUGGUCAUGAUUUAGUAAAAGAUGCUGAAGCUGGAAAGCUUGAUCCAGUUAUCGGACGAGAUCAAGAGAUACGUCGUUGUAUUCAAGUAUUAUCGAGACGAACAAAAAAUAAUCCUGUUCUCAUUGGUGAACCGGGCGUUGGUAAAACGGCUAUUGUUGAGGGAUUAGCGCAACGUAUUGUUCUUCAAGAUGUUCCAGAAACAUUACCAAAGCGUUUGAUCGCUUUGGAUAUGGGUGCACUAGUAGCGGGUGCUUCGUAUCGAGGUGAAUUUGAAGAACGUUUAAAAUCUGUAUUAAAAGAAAUUCAAGAAUCAAAUGGUGGAAUUAUAUUGUUUAUUGAUGAAAUUCAUUUGGUACUUGGAGCGGGAAAAACAGACGGUGCUAUGGAUGCCGCUAAUUUACUGAAACCGAUGUUAGCUCGUGGUGAAUUACGUUGUAUCGGUGCAACAACAUUAGAUGAAUAUCGCAAAUAUAUCGAAAAAGAUCCAGCAUUUGAACGUCGAUUUCAACAAGUUUUAGUUAAAGAGCCAUCAGUUGCUGAUUGUGUCUCGAUUUUACGCGGUUUAAAAGAUCGUUAUGAAUCUCAUUUUGGUGUACGCAUACUAGAUUCAGCGUUAGUCAUUGCCGCUCAACUAUCAAAUCGUUACAUAACGAAUCGAUUUUUACCAGAUAAAGCCAUUGAUUUGAUUGAUGAAGCGUGUGCAAGUAUUCGUGUACAAUUAGAUAGUCAACCGGAAGUGAUUGAUCAGUUAGAGCGUCGUGAAUUGCAACUGGAUGUUGAAGCAACCGCUUUAUCUCAAGAAAAAGAUGAGGCAUCGAAACAGCGUUUAAAACAAGUUAAAGAAGAAUUAAGUAAAAUUCGUGAAGAAUUAAAACCCUUAAAAUUACGUCAUAAAGCCGAAAAAGAACGUGUGGAAGAAUUACGAAAAUUGAAACAAAAACUAGAUAGUCUUCAAAUAAAAAUGUCUCAGGCUGAGCGAGAAAAAAAUUUGUCAUUAGUUGCCGAUAUUAAAUAUGGUGCGAUACCUGAUUUGGAAAAACAAAUAGUAGCCACAGAACAUCGCAUUACAGAAGAAAAUAAACAAAAUCAAGAUAGAUUACUGACGGAAACUGUUGGACCAAGUGCUAUUGCUGAAAUAGUAAGCCGUUGGACGGGUAUUCCAGUAACAAAAUUAUCUCAAACAGAACGUGAUCGUCUAUUAAAACUGAGUGAACAAUUGCAUAAAAAAGUUGUUGGACAAAACGAAGCUGUUGAUUCAGUGGCCGAAGCUGUUUUACGUAGUCGAGCGGGUUUAGCAAGACAGAAUCAACCGAUUGGAUCAUUUUUAUUUUUAGGUCCAACUGGUGUGGGUAAAACGGAAUUAGCUAAAGCCUUGGCAUCUGAAUUAUUUGAUUCAACAAAAUCGAUGAUUCGUAUUGAUAUGUCGGAGUAUACCGAAUCUCAUAGUGUGGCACGACUCAUCGGUGCUCCACCGGGCUAUGUAGGAUUUGAAGCCGGUGGUCAAUUAACAGAAGCCGUAAGACGUCAACCAUAUGCUGUUGUCCUGUUUGAUGAAGUGGAAAAAGCACAUUUACAAAUAUGGAAUACAUUGUUGCAAGUUUUGGACGAUGGACGAUUAACAGAUGGAAAAGGUCGAACCGUUGAUUUUACAAAUACAAUUAUUAUUUUGACAUCGAAUAUUGGAGCACAACAUAUUUUGGAAGACGUUGAAACAACCAGUUCAUCAUUAACACAACAAACAAAAGAUAAAGUCAUGAGAGAAGUUCGUCACCAUUUUCGUCCAGAAUUUUUAAAUCGUCUUGAUGAUUUAGUUUUCUUUGAACCAUUAACAUUUUCUCAAUUGAGCAAUAUUAUUUUACUUCAGUUAACAUCAUUACAAGAUCGUUUGCAAGAUCAAGAUAUCACAUUGUCAUUAUCGGAUAAAGCAAUUCAAUUAGCUUUAAAACAAUCAUAUAACCCAGUUUAUGGUGCACGUCCUUUAAAACGUUAUCUAGAAAAACAUAUUACCACCGAAUUAUCAAAAUUAUUAAUACAGUCAAAACUUACCCCGCACUCACACGUUUCAAUUAAUUGUGAUUCAAAUGAUAAAUUUACAUUUCAAAUGCAACAAACAGCACCGAGAAAGACUCCACAGACUUCUAGUAGACCGGAAUAUUCAAGACGCCGAACGUAUGAAGGAUUGGAUGAAGAACCAUUAAUGGAUGUUGACGGUGAGGAUGAUUAUAGUCAAAAUGGUGGUGAUAUGGAAUUUCAAUCGAGCAACAAUAUGCCAACAAAACGACCGAAACAAUCACCAAUUAAAAAGUGA